GUAUUUUGUAUCAUGGCCGACGUUUGGCCAGGUCACCGUUUUAGCGAUUUCUAAUUGAUAUACACACUUGUUCCUAAUUUAUAGAAUAUUUGUGUAAAUUUAAAUCAUUCAAAAUGGAAAAUCUUCUCCCUAGCAUGUGGAAAGUUCGGGAUUUAGCUGAUAAGGUCACAAGCGUGGUGAUGAAUUAUACAGAAGUAGAAGCAAAGGUUCGAGAAGCCACUAACGAAGAUCCUUGGGGGCCCACUGGUCAAAUUAUGCAAGAAUUAGCUCAUUCCACUUUCACAGACGAACAUGUUCCUGAAGUUAUUUCGAUGCUUUGGAAGAGGAUGCUUCAAGAUAACAAACAGCACUGGAGGAUAAUGUACAAGUCUUUACUAGUGUUGAAUUAUCUAAUUAAAAAUGGUUCGGAAAGGGUAAUUAUGUCUGCUAGAGAACAUAUUUAUGAUUUAAGAUCAUUAGAAAACUACACUUUCAUAGAUGACGUAGGGAAAGAUCAAGGAGUUAAUAUUAGGCAUACAGUGAAGGAACUUAUCGAAUUUGUUCAAGAUGAUGAUCGUUUGAGAGAGGAAAGGAAAAAGGCUAAGAAAAAUAAGGACAAAUUUAUUGGUAUGAGUUCAGACACGUUUGGAAGCAGAUCUGGCAAUGAUUUAUUAAACGACAACUUUGAUCCAAGUGUCUCCGAACCCCACCUAGAAGCGAAAGCCUCCUCCAACGAAUUCGGCGAUUUAGCGGCUUUGGGCAAUCCCCCGGAUACGAUUCAAGAAAAAGAAGACAAUUUCGCCGACUUCAGCUCAGCCUUGUCACCCAAUUCUGGUUCAGAUACCGCAUCACAGUACUCAGCCAAAAAUCCUCUUACCGCGCUGUCUUCUAAUAAUAUCGACGGUGCUGUUGCUGCUCCGGAAGUUGGUGGUGUGUUGUCUACGGUGCAGAAGACCAACAUCGAUUUGGAUUUUGGAUCGUUGAAUAUUCAGCCUCAACCCGUUGCUCCCAAUAAUAAUUUUGGGCUGAUGGGUAACUCAAAUGCCGAUUUUAUGAGUUCAGAUGCCGAACGAGAUGCGACAGCGUGCCGGCCGAGUAAAUUCAGUGAACAGUGGCGUGCCGUUUCAAGACAGCAGGCGACAGUAAUAGAAAAGGAACUGACAGAAGUGUUAAUUAACUUCGUUACUAACACUAAUCGAACUAAGAAGAUCGCAUCCGAAGCCCAAUUGGACGACAUAUUGUUGCAGAUCGAGGAAAUUGUGAGUUUGUUACCCGGAACGUUAACUGUGCAAAAAGUGUUAGAUAUUGACAGUGAUUGUUAUAGUGAGUUGAUCGAACAACCUUACCGGGAUUUUUUAGAUUGUUUAUUAUCGUAUUUUGAUGAUAAUUUUCCUUUCAGAGGCGACACUCUUUAUGAAAGUGUUAAAAAUUUGUUAUGCGUCGAGAAUGACAGGUUAUUUUUAUUGAAUAUUAAAGCUUUGGUUAAAAUUCUACCAAAAAAGUCUGAAGGAAAGAUAACAGAGUUGUUACAGAUUGUUUUAGAGUCUGAUGGAUUGUUUUCUUUCAUUGUCUAUCAUAUUAUAGAUAAAAAGUCGUCGUUUAUAGGUUUCGAUCAAGAUGAAUCUUUCAAUAUUUGGAAAGAUUUCGUUAAUGUUUUAGUGAGUUUGCCUAGCAGGAUUUCCAACAUUUUAGAAGGAAUCGUUCCUAAUUUCUUUUCGAUUCGAUAUUACACGAAUUUUCUACUACUAACUUUCUUGAAAAUCGUCGAAUUUUUAUCUGAAUUUCUAUCUCACGAAGCUGAAAUCGAAAAAUUGAUCGAUUACAGUAAAUUAUCGCUACUAUUGAGUAAAAUUGUGACAGAUUUUAAUGAUAACGCUAAUUCAGAAUCUAUUAAAUGCUUUAUUGAAAUAAUAGCUUUGUUGACCAAUUCUAAAUGUUCUAAAAUUAGUUUGUACCAGAAUAUAUUGAGGAAAAUAUUGUUUAAAUUGGAUCGUUCUGCUGUCAAUACUUUCGCUAAAAUGCUUCUACUAAACGUAGAUCCGAAUAAAUAUUUGAUAACGAACAUUUUGGGUAAAGAUUUGAUCAAAAACGAAAAUUGGAAAUUUGUGCUGUGCACAAAAAUACCUUUAUUAACGAAUUUUAGUGGAAAUUAUACAAAUUUGAUGCUCAAUUUGACUAUAUAUUUAAGUUCGAGUAAUCAUUUUCUUUUAUUAAAAUUAUUUACAGAAUUGUUAACCGUUUGGGCUGAUAAAUCGGCUAUAAAUCGCACUAGUAUCGAACAACGGUUAUUCAUAACGGAAUUUAUGUUGUACAUUUUCAAUUCGAUGCAAAAUAUAAGUUUGAGCGAUCGUGAAUUUGAAAACAUAAAAGAAAAAGUAUACUCGGGUAUCGUAGUACAUUUAGAAUCGAAUAUCGAUAAAAUCAGAAGUACCGGCAUGAAAUUCGGAGAGAUAAUUCUAAAUUAUCUCACAAAAGAAGGUAACAAUGAUGCUGAUGCGGUACUCAAAUUCGAUUACGAUACUUUAAAUGAAGAAUGUAAAAUUAUCGUUAAUAGUUUGCAGAAAAUCUGGGAUACCGAUAUUCAAGUUUAUUAUAAAGAAAAAACCGAUUUCGAUACGAAAUUAAACGAUGUUAUUAUGAAAUUAAAAGACAGAGAAGAUAAGAUUAUAUCGUACAUACCACCAGAGCGUAAAUUCAGAUGUAAAAAAACUCUACAAGAACCUAAAAAUGAAAUUACAUUAUCCCAACUGAAAACAAACAGCAGAAUCAAAAUUAUCGACAGUACGGAUUUGCAUUUGGAUUCCGAUGACGAUUUAGAACCGUAUGACGUAUCUAAUGACAUCCCGACUACUUCUAAAAAGAACCCACCGAUGUAUUUGAGAGAUCUGAGGGACGGUUUAAUAGAAACCGAAGAUUGCGAUAUAUUUAGAUUGAGUUUGGAAAAUUGUGAAAAUUUAAUAACGGCUCAAUUGCACGAUGACGAUGCUAGUAUAGGUUUGGAAAUUUUGGAAAUCCUCUUAUCAAUAGAACCGAAAUUUUACGUCGAAAAUUUCGAUGACCUCGUCUUUCAAAGCGCUGUUGCCGUUACUACUGUAUACCCGUCGUAUUAUGCCGAAUAUUUAUGUAAACAAAUCCACGCGGAUAUCGGUAUUUUUUCGAUAUCGAAACGGGUGUUUAUGCUGAACGUUUUACGACAAACAGCCAAAAAUCUGUCGGUCAUUAAAACCGAAAAAAAUACUGAUAAAAAGAGGUCUAAAAAACAAAUAGAAUUAGACACUGCUGAAGAAGUAAUAAGAAAACGAUUAGAAGCCAAAACGAGAUAUUUCCACAAAUAUAAACAGGUUAAAAACGAACAAAUUAAUAGAUUUUCCGAAUUUGCGGGAUAUUUUUUCUUCCCCCUUCUCUACGGUUACAAUCAAAAUAAAAUGCUGAAUCAGUGCACUCAAACUGACAGCGAUUUCGUAUUUUUAAUCCACUUUAUCGAAACAUUAGCGAUAAUAAUGUGUGCGUCGCAAAAUUGCCCCGUGGCGCCUAGAAUGGCUAAGGAAAUAUUCCAUUUCUCUUGGUUCUUGAGAUUCCACAAGGAGGUGAAGGUGCGGAUGGCCGUUUUGAGUCUGAUCGCUUGCGCUAUCAUGAACGUGCCUAAAAGUAUCUUGUUGCGCGAUUUCACGAACGAAUUGUUGGAAAUAAGGUUGUGGUUGUCGGAUUUGUUGAGUCCUAACGUGGCCAAAGGGGAACCGAAUUUGGAAUGUAGGGAUCUAGCCGGUUGUACUAUCGUUCUUAUCGAAGGUAUUCUUAAGGAAGAAACUGAUGUAGAUGAUUAAUAUCAUGUUUAGUGUUUUUUUUUUGUACGAAUAAAAUGUGAUA